AUGGGUUUACGAGACGAACUACGAAAAAAAUUCUUUACUAGGAACAAGAGGAACAGCCCAAACAAUGACAUUCAUAGCCAAGGGAGCCAAGAAGGCCAAGCGACAAUAAAGCCUCCCAACCCAUCCAACGAACAUACUGACUUCAAACAUAUCGAACCAGUAGGAUUGAACUUGACUGAUACGCCGAUUCAUGAGCUGUGGAAUUUGGCAUACGAAAAGCUACGCCAGGAAGAUACAAAACUUAUUCAAGAAUAUGAGUCCAAGAUACAAGAAGAUCUGACUGCCGGCUUCAGUUUAAUCUUGGCUCCUAAUAUUAAUGCACGCGAGCGGAUGGAAAUUGUACUCAGAAAUAAAAUGGAGAAAAUCAAGCGCGACGCUUGGAGGCUCAAAUUCGGGAAUUCUGAUAUUCAAUUCUCAGCCGUUUUGCCUAUCUUCUCGAGCAUAGCUAGUAGAGCUAACGAACACAUCUCCAAUGCUCUUACUGUUAACCCACCCGCCUCGCUUGCAUGGGGAGGGAUUAGCGUGCUGCUACCUCUUUUGCUUAAUCUGUCUGAACAAGAUAAAUCACUUGCAAAAGGGCUAGAUUACAUCUCGACGCUUAUUGUUAGGGGUCGGUUACGUGAGGAUUUAUACGUUCGGCGAUAUGAGCUAGAAGGGGAUAACCGCCAGUCUUCAGCUCUUGAUCACUUGGCUUACAAGGGGGCUUUAGAGGCUCUAUAUCAAAAGAUAUUGAAAUUCCAGGCUGAGACUUAUUGUCAUUUAACUCAAAACUUCGCGCACCGGCUUGGCUUAGAUGCUGUCAAGUGGAACGAUUGGGAGGCAAUGAUCGACGAUGUGCGCCUGCAAGAAGACGCACUGGCUGGGCUAGACAAGCUCUGGCAUGAUGUCCAAUAUAGUCAUGAUUCUUUGGAAGCAAAGAAACAGCAUGAAAACGAAGAUGUUUCUGGCUUACGAAAAGCAUUGGAAGAAGCAGCAAAAGACCAUGAUCGCAAGGAAUUUUUGUCCUGGUUAUGUCAAGUUGACCCCUCUCAUAUGUAUAACGCAGCUCGUGACAGACAUGAAGCUGGAACAAGUGAGUGGCUUAUGAAGAAUCAAGAAUUCUUGGCUUGGGAAAAAGAAGAGAGAUCUUUGUUGUGGCUUCAUGGGCAAGCCGGUUCAGGAAAAUCCAUCUUGAGCUCUUCAGUCAUAAAACAUAUUGAUGAUAAAUACGCAUCUGAUCCGCUAAUUGCGGUCCCGUACUUCUACUUUAGUUUCACUGAUUCUCAGAAACAAAAAGUAGAUGUAAUGCUUGCAUCUAUCAUUAAGCAGAUCUUAGCUCAUAGGCCAAAUAUUCCGCCAUCGGCCCAGAAGCUCAGCGAAUACAAGGUCAGCGGCAGGCGGCCUGAUACUCAAACUCUUAUAACCGCACUUAAAGAUUCCAUUUUUGGAUUUUCGGCAGUAUAUAUCAUCAUUGAUGCUCUGGAUGAAUGCCCAACCCUGAGUGGCGAAAGGAAGAAGCUGACAAAAGCUUUACAUGAAAUUCUUGAUAAAGCACCUAAAAAUCUUCAUCUUCUCUUCACCAGCCGUAAGGAGAGCGAUAUUAGCUCAGCAAUGAGACACCACUUAUCACGUUUCUCCAGCUACGAGCUAGAUCUACUAGCCUAUAGACAUAUCGUUGAUGACGAUAUUGGUCUGUUUAUUGACUCUAUUCUUGCAAAUGAUGAUUACGAAUCUUGGCCUGCAAGUGUAAAGGCAGAAGCAAGAAAAUCGUUGGUUGAGAAAGCGGAUGGCAUGUUCCAAUAUGUUCGCUGCCAGUUCGACACACUUCACAACCUAUCAACUGUCGCUGAAAUCCGCGAAGCCCUCCAAAGCCUCCCCGAUGGUCUGAGUGCAACUUAUGACAGGAUGCUCUUGAGCAUCAGUCCAAAUUUUCAACCCCGAGUCAUGAAUUCGCUAAAAUGGCUGGCAUUUUCGCUAAAACCCAUUGAGGUUGACUGGCUGUCAGAGAUCUUUACAUUUCACCCUGAAUACACUUUCCCUCCUGAUGGAACAGAGAAGCUUUUCCGUGCUAAUGACGUCGUGAAAUAUUUUUCUAGUUUGGUUGUAGUUGCUGAUCGUAAAGUUCGCUUGGCACACUUUUCCAUCAAAGAAUACCUGACUUCUACAAAAAUUACUGACGGACCGGCAGCAGCAUUUGGGUUUACUGAGAUCGACGCUCAUUUACACGUUGCACAUUCGUGUUUGGCUCACCACUUACUGCACGCCGACGAUAUCAAAGACGAACCCCAAUUCAGAAACAAGCCGGAAGUCUUGUACAGUUAUACCAGUAGACAGUGGGCUUGGCAUCUCGAGAUGAUUCCAAGCACACUGUGGCCUCCUGAAGUCGUCCAAAAGGCAGUAUCUGCCCUUAAUGCCCGCAGCAAGACUCUAGCGAAAAUGAUAUCUUUUGGGCCAUGGUUUUUUGUCGAUGCAACUUUAUUCUUAGCGCGACCACUAUGCUACACAGCUUGGCUGGGUCUUCCGAGUCUCACAAUGAUGCUGCUCUCACACGGCCCUGGAACGAAUAACUUUUUUACCCAAGAGGAUUUAGAUAUGGCGUUGCAGCAUGCGGCUUAUAAGGGAGUUUUUGACAUGGUAUGGGGGCUUCUUGACGAGGGCGCGAAUAUUAAUGGGGAGGGGAGCAUGGUGAAAGCUGCUGAACAUGCCAGGCGCAAAAUCUACGAUGAUAGAGAAUACUGUUUUGCUCUGCAGGCUGCAGCCUUAGGUGGUCACCUCGAGAUCGUGAAGCUUUUGAUUAACAAGGGGGCAGAAAUUAAUGCAAUAUGCAAGGAAUGUGGUUCAGCGUUGCACGCAGCAGCAAAGGGAAAUCAUCUCGACGUUAUGAAAUUUCUCGUUGGCCAUGGAGCUGACAUUUACGCUCGAUCGAGAAUGGGGGGUAGCGUGCUUGCCUCAUCCGUUCGGGAUUCUCAAGACCAGUGCUUUCAUUUUCUUCUCAGCGAAGGUGCCCUGAAACAGGACGACGGAGAAACGGCACUUAUCAAGGCGGCAUCACUCCAUCGCUGGGAUUUGUGUUAUCUGCUGCUAGAUCAAGGGGCAAGCGUAAAUGCUUUUACUCCGAACCGUAAUUUCGGGUCUCCACUUCAAGCGGCGUGCAGGGAAUCAUGGCUUGCCAUUACAGAGACCAAAUUCACCGAGUUUAUUGAAUUCAUUGAGCAUCUGUUGGAUCUUGGAGCAGAUAUCAAUGCUCAAGGAGGCGAGGCUGGUAAUGCCUUGCAAACCGCGUGUCGACUCAACAACAUCAGUCUCGUAAAGAUACUCUUAGACAAGGGAGCUGAUAGUCACGAGGGGAACGCGCUGCAGCUCGCUUGUGUGAAGUGCUGCUCUAAGGACGAAGUAUCGCUUCUACUCGAGCAUGGAGUCGAUAUUCAUGCUAAAGGAGGAGAAUUUGGAACGGCGCUUCAGGCUGCCGUAGCUUAUGGGCAUGAAUGGCUUGUGCAUGAGCUGCUUGAACGGGGAGCCGAUGUGAAUGAGCAGGGCGGCCGUUAUGGAACUGCUCUCCAAGCUGCAUACAGCCGCAUAAACAGCAAGCUUGCACAAGACAUGGUAAAACUACUUCUUGACCAUGGCGCUGAUGUUCAUCCCAAAGGCGGUGCUUUUGGCAGCGCCUUGAACGCUGCGGCGGCAAACAUCGGCCUUCCGAAUAGUGCCAUACAGCAGCUGCUGAACUUGGGCGUCGACAUCAACGACUAUGAUCCAAGACACGGCACGGCUUUGCAAGCCACGUUGAAGUUUUACUACGAUGGUAUUGAAGGAACCAAAUUACUCGAAAGGCUUAAGUUUCUGUUUGAGCGCGGUGUUGAUGCUAAUAUUGAGGCGGGGCCUUUUGGCUUCGCCCUCCAGUCAGCAAUCAUGGCUAAUCAUAGAGGUCUUGGGAUAUCUCUCUGUGAAAACAUAGGCUUAGUUUUUCUUCUUGAAAACUGUCCUGAUAUCAAUAUCAAUGCAGAAGGAGGCGAAUUCGGCUCUGCUUUACAGGCAGCGGCAUUGUCAGGCCAGACUGAGUCAGUCAAGCUAUUGAUACAAAAGGGAGCAAACGUUAAUGCACAGGGAGGAGAGUACAAAAAUGCCUUGAAUGCAGCUACUGUCUGGGGAUAUUGGGAUAUUGCUAAAAUAUUACUGGAGAAUGGAGCGGAGCCAGACUGUUAUCGAUCGGAGAAUCUAGAUGAAGAAUGGCUCAAUAGGAUGGUGGAGAGGUGUGGUCGAGGAGCCCGAGAAAGAUACGAAAAGAUUUGGGAAAUGAAGAACCCAAAGCUUGAUAUAACCAACGAGGCUUUAUAA